UAGCCUUUGCCGCUUUUUUCUCUUCAGACUUCAGUCUAAUAAACCCUAUUCCUAAAUCCCUUCUCCCAGAGCUCUCUUCUUCACCAACAGAUCACUUUUAUCAGUUAUCACCCUAUUUUCGUUCGGAAAAUCUGAAGUAUGUCGGAGUACUGCCGUCAGCGUGACUUCAUGUUCUGCGAAUUGUGCGGGACAAUGCUCUCCUUCGGCUCGCCCAAGUAUGCUCGAUGCCCAUUGUGCAAAUCCCAGAAGCGUCUCAAAGAUAUGAAGAGAAAAACGACCCGCUAUACAGUCAGUGCUGAGGAUUUGAGGAGGGAGAUGGGAGUGUCUACCCUUGAGGAUGUAGAAGAGGAGAGGGAACUGAAACAAAUGGAUUACAAUGCAAAAUGCAAAGCAUGCCAGCACUUGGGCCUUGCGUACGUUGCUAGACAGAUUCGAUCAGCUGAUGAAGGACAGACGAUCUUCUAUUCUUGCCCUGUAUGCGCCCACAAACAGACUGAGAACUCGUAAAGGAGGCCCUUUUUGUAUGUAUCAUAAUAGUAGUAGUUAUGUACACUUCAUUUUCCUCAGAGAAAGAAAGGGUAUGAGUUAGCUUCAUAUUAAUACGAUGACUUCCCAUUUUAUUUUGGGGUGAUGUAUUAGAUUUUGACAAUAUAACUGAUUUGGUAUGAGAAUUCAGAGGAUUAUAUUACAUUGUCAAA